UAGGAACUCAGAACAAGUAGGAGAAAAGAUUUUUUAAUUUUUUUUUUUCUUUGUUCUUUUUCUUUUCAAAGAUGAACCUAACUGCGCUCAAAGCUUUCGUGGGCUUGCUCUGGAAUUGCUGGGUUCUGGUGGGUCACGCACAGGGAGGUUUAGGAGACAAUCAUGUCCAUUCGAGUUUUAUUUACAGGAGGCUGCGGAACCAUGAGAGAAGGGAGAUUCAGAGAGAGAUUCUCUCUAUCCUGGGUUUACCUCACAGACCCAGACCAUUUUCACCAGGAAAGCAGGCUUCUUCUGCACCCCUCUUCAUGCUGGACCUGUAUAAUGCCAUGACAAAUGAAGAGGAUACUGAGGAGCUGGAGUAUUCACUAAAGGGAUCAAUGGCAGGGGAGAGCAGAGGGAUACGGAAAGGAUACUCUGCCUCUCCAAAUGGAUAUUCGCGGAGAAUACAAUUAUCUCGCAUGACCCCCCUGACCACACAGAAUCCUCCCUUAGCCAGCCUGCACGACACCAACUUUCUGAAUGAUGCUGACAUGGUCAUGAGCUUUGUCAAUUUAGUUGAAAGGGACAAGGACUUCUCCCACCAGCGAAGGCACUACAAAGAGUUUCGCUUUGACCUUACUCAAAUCCCACACGGAGAGGCAGUGACAGCAGCCGAAUUCCGGAUAUACAAAGACCGAAGCAACAGCCGCUUUGAGAAUGAAACGAUUCAGAUUAGCAUAUAUCAGAUCAUCAAGGAGUACCCAAACAGGGAUGCAGACUUGUUCCUGUUAGACACAAGAAAGGCUCAAGCUUCUGAUGUGGGCUGGUUUGUGUUUGACAUUACUGUGACCAGCAACCACUGGGUGAUUAAUCCACAGAACAAUCUGGGCUUGCAACUCUGCGCUGAAACUGGGGAUGGUCGAAGUAUCAAUGUUAAAUCUGCUGGCCUGAUUGGAAGACACGGGCCUCAGUCAAAGCAACCAUUCAUGGUUGCAUUCUUCAAGGCAAGUGAAGUGCUUCUCCGUUCUGUCCGAGCAGCCAACAAUAAAAGGAAAAAUCAGAACCGCAACAAAUCCAGUAGUCAUCAGGAGUCUUCUAGGAUGCCAGGUGUUGGGGAUUAUAACACAAGCGAACAAAAGCAAGCAUGUAAGAAACAUGAACUUUACGUGAGUUUCCGAGACUUAGGAUGGCAGGAUUGGAUUAUUGCACCGGAGGGCUACGCCGCGUUUUACUGUGAUGGAGAGUGUUCUUUCCCCCUCAAUGCCCACAUGAAUGCAACAAACCACGCCAUUGUUCAGACUCUGGUUCAUUUGAUGUUCCCUGAUCAUGUACCAAAGCCAUGCUGUGCACCAACAAAACUGAAUGCAAUCUCCGUGCUCUACUUUGAUGACAGUUCCAAUGUUAUUUUAAAAAAAUACAGGAAUAUGGUGGUGCGUUCAUGUGGUUGCCACUAGAAUAAAAAAAAUAAUCUAAAGCAGAGGGGUUUAUUCAGAAUUAUAAUAAAGUCAAGAUAUGAGCUUUGCUGAUGAAAAGGCAGUCCUAAAUUUAUUCCAUUUCAUGUCAUCUCUCAUUUAAAUGUACAGUAUAAUGUAUAUAGUAGCUUUUAUUUAUUUAAAAGUAUAUAGUUUCUUUUGUAUGAGCAAAAUUUCAAACCAUUCAUUUUAUGGGUCACCUUACCACACAGUAGAACUUCACAAACUAAUUUUUCAAUUGACCAUACUGGAAUCUAUUUCAUUCCAUUUCAAUACUUUAAAGUAAAGCCUUUGUAUAGAUUUUUUUUAAAGCUACAAACUCCAGAACUUCUGUAACUGCUUCAUAUUGUUAAAGGAACUAAAAUACGUUUGGUCAUAUUGUGCUAAUGAAAACUGUGGCAGGGUAUUUAUUUAGAAAAAGACACAGAAAAAAAAACCUAAACAAAACUGCUUGGCUAAAAAUAUUUUUUCUUUUAGAAGUUCUACUCCAUUAGAAAAAGUUGAAUGUUGAACAGUGUUUAAGUAAAUAAAGAGUAGAUAGAAAAUAGAAGUGAAAAGAUUGCACAUAAUUGUUACAACUAUUUUCUUUAACAAAAUGAGUGUAACUGGAGGAGUAUGUUACUUCUUGGCUUGUGGGCUGCAGAGUUUGCAAAAGGCUCAAAGCUUUGGGAAUUCUGUGGAGACAGACUCUCGCCUCUGUCUAUGACUUUCCAAGUUCACACUAUAAAUUGAACUACAACAUUCUUACCUCAAAUCACACCAGUCUAUUAUCUAUUACACUGCUCCGGCAAAUAUUUUUAUAAUAGCAGUACGAGGUAAAAUCAAACAAAAAAACCACACAAGCCUUCCCAUUAUAUACAGAAGUUAAUAUAUACACAAAAUACACAGAAGACAGGGUAUGGAAGUGCUUUGCUCUAUUUAGCUCCCACUUUUGGAUAUGUUUUCUGAGUGUGUGAGGGAAGGCACAGGGGAUACAGCAGCUGUCACCUGUUUAAUCGCAAAUCUUGUCCCUGAUGGUGGCUGUUUUCAGGCAAAGAUGAAAAACACCGUUCAUAAUGAGCUGUUGGGUAAUUUGCAGCCUGCUUUCUGUCCCUUCUGCUCUUCUAUCAGGUGGAAAUUGGUUUAAAUCAUGAGAUGUAAGAUGGGAUAUCUUUCCCCUUUUUUUAGCAUUAACUAUCAUAACUUUGAAAAUUCUUAAAUCCAUAUAAAUAGUUUUUAAUCUCCCUAAAUUUUUGGCCUCAAAUGAAAACCUGUGCUUGUGAAUUGCACAACUAAUUACAGACUAUCAUUCUCACCACCACUACCCAUAUGCUUAUUUUGAAUUUACCACACUUACUAUCUUUGGACAUCCCUUUGUUUUGGUGUUACAGAAAUAGGAAAUAGGAACUCUGUUUUCUCUUUACUACAUGGCUAAUUAUAAUAUAUGCUUUUAUCAUUAAUUGCCUUGAUUAAAAAUGCUUCAUUUAAACAGUUCUCAGAGUGUUGUUAAAAAAAUGAAUAGGACAUAUCAGUUUCUCCUUAGACCGUCUGUUCAUGUAAACUCUGACUUCUCUGGUUACUUAAAGCAUAUUGCAGAAAACUCAGAUUAUUACAGACUGAUAAAAUCAGCGUGUACGUGUGACUGUGUGUACGCAUGUGACUGUGCAACUCUUUUUGCAGAAACAAAUUUAUUUUAUCUUGCUAUUGGAGUAAUACAUAAAUUCUUUUUAUGCA